ACGUAAUGAGUUUACAUAAUGACAUCAGUGUCUUAGAUUGUGGUAUGCAGUGCUCAGUAACCCCCGGCUGUCGAUCUUACAACUAUAAAAACAACACAACACCUCAACAAUGUGAGUUGAACAAUAAAACUGCAGAAGAUGAGCCGGCAGAUUACGAGGUAGAUGUGGCGUUCAACUACUACGCUGAAGACUUGUGUGUGCCCAACCCAUGCAAGAAUGGAGGUUCAUGUCAUCAUGGUGGAUCACCAUCUCACACAUGGUGUCUGUGUACACAAGAUUACGAUGGAAAUACGUGCACAAAAUUCGUCCCUUUGGGUGCUUUGCCUAAAAAGCCUGCCCAGUCUUGCCUACAUACUAAUAACUCUGUUGGCGGUGUUGAGGACGGACCAAAGUGGAUUGACCCAGGGUACUCAGGCACACCUUUCCUUGUCUACUGCGACAUGACCACAGACGGAGGUGGAUGGCUUUUGGUCAGCAACGUUAUCAUCCCAAACCCAGUUCAAAAACCCCCGCGUAUUUUAACCUCUUCGUUCCACAACAUCUCCAACUACAGCGACAACCAACUUUUCAUUUCUGCGACCAAUCUACGCCAACUUAAACAGCUCAUGCCCUUUAGCCAACUCAGAUUUGAGUGUUACAAAAGAGAGGUUGGACGAAAGAUUGACAUCAUUACCACAAAAGAUUCAAAAGGAACGGCUGUAGUUGAUUACUUCACUGCAAAAACAGAUGAUAGGCCAGAUGCUUGCGGUUCGUUCAUUCCAGGUUCUGGAGAUAACUCCAUGAUUGCUCGAGAGUGUGCGAAUUGGAAGUUAGGGAAAUGGGGACAUUCGAGAAAGAAUGAAGACAGAUUAUUUGAUCAUACUUUCUAUGUUCCCUCCAGAUACCAUUGGGUACUGCGGGUUGCCACAUUUGACUGUGAUGGCAACAGCGUUCAUUUAACACCUGGAGAUUUUUGGAAGAUAUAUGUGCGCUGAACUGAUAAUGGAACGAUUCGAAGAUACUGCAGCCAUCUUGGAUCGCAAGGUUUUAUGGGGAAUCCUGGGGGAAAAUAGAGCGUUGUUAUAGUAAUGACGUCGAUUGAUCACAUUUACUCCCUUAUAAGAGACAAAUACCCGAAACUUGGUUCGCGUCAUUUCUGUUCUUAUUACAUCCAUUUUGAAAUCACAAGCAAACCCUGCAAUCUGAUUGGUUCC